AUGGAGCGCACGGGGAAGAUCUUCUUCUACGAGGACAAGAACUUUAAGGGCCAUCACUAUGAAUGCAGCAGCGACUGUCCCGAGCUCAACUCUCACUUCCAGCGCUGUAACUCCAUCCGGGUGGAGGGCGGGGCCUGGGUCAUGUAUGAGAGACCCCAAUACCAGGGCUACCAGUACGUCCUCCUGAGAGGGGAGUACCCCAACUACCAGAGCUGGAACGGCUUCAAUGACACCAUCCGCUCCUGUCGGCUUAUCAGACAUCCUUCCAGCACACACAGGAUCCGCAUCUACGAACGUCCAGACUUCGGCGGCCAGAUGAUCGAGUUCAGCGAGGACCUUCCCAACCUGCUGGACCGCUGGCGCUACCGGGACGUUCAGUCGGCUCACAUCCAGGACGGCAUCUGGGUUUUCUAUGAGCAUCCAAACUACAGGGGGCACCAGUACGUGCUGGAGAAGGGCGAGUACAGACGACACACCGAGUGGGGCGCCCUGCAUCCGUCUGUGGGCUCCAUUAGACGUGUUGUGGACUCGUCUUAA